AUGCCCCUGGAGAUUUCGAGCGCACAAGUGGAGAUGAGAGAUACCUACUCUCACCUUGAGUACCACAGAGAGCCCUAUGGUGUGGUCGUACUGGGAUAUCAGGAAGACAGUCCCGUGCAAGAUUUAAGCGCCUCGGCGGAAUCUGACACACUUCACAGGCUGGCCUUGCCUUACUCCAAUUAUUUUGCAUUCAGGGAUCUAUCUUCUUAUAUCAGCAGAGUGAAAUUAGGCUCCAUAUCCAACGGAAAUUCUCGCACAUACGAUGUUUUCUCUGUACAAGAAGAUCAGCACGCUUCGAGUACCAAGCCGGACGGAAAGAGAAUCUUCGUCUUUAAGUCUAUUGUGGGGCCAGUAGUAGAUGUUGAGAUGAUGCGGGAUUCUAAUCCUUUAUUCAUAGAUGUACUCUGCGAUCAGAAUAUGGUUCUAUCUCCCCGUGUCCGUAGCUUAGAGUGGACACAGACCAAGAUGUGGAAGCUUGUGAUUUCUUUUUCCUUCCAAUCUGUUUUGUCUGUCGCUGAAGAAUACUAUCUCACGGUUGUGUACCCCAUAGAUAGCCUCGUGGCUACAUCUCUUACUGAUAUGGAUAAGUAG